AUGUCUUUGUCUGCCCUGCGAAUGAUCCGCUGCCGGAGGCUGAGCACCUCUGGACCUGCUGUGAAGAGAGCAUUGCCAUGGAAAGACCUCAGGAAAAUAGCAAAAGUAACAGGAGCAAUAGUAUUGGGAGGCUGUGUUUUCAUCAAGUAUGAAGUGGUUACUCUGAACCAGGUCAUCACUAUCGACACCAGUGCCAUUCUAAAAGAGAAACACAAGUCUUACAUCUACCUGACUCAUGCCACUGAUAGAGAACAAGAGAGUCUUGCUUCUGGCCUCACAACCUAAACCAGGAAGGAGCUUCAUAAAGCAGCUAGAAAGUUUCUUGCAAUUACCUCAAGGGUUCUGCUUCGCCCACUGGACGAGCAUCUCAGUCAUCUGGACGCAGAUUCUCAUGAAUGUGCACUAUGGGUCCUGUUGAAGAAAACCUUUUCUGCCGACCAGUUCGUGAGACAGCAGGCGGUGCAGGACCUGGCCCAGAAUCACCACUGGCAGGAUUAUCAGUACCAGACAGCAGCACAGGUGGUAGAUCAGCGCACAUCUGUGGGUCUCGCCCGCAUCCCUAAUGUGGACCUGCGCUUCUUUCUCCCUCCUCCUCCACUGCCACACACAGAGGAUACUAUUACAGUAACUCUUAUUAUUUCUUGUGCUGUAGGUUUACUUGUUAAAAAGAUGCUUUUAGAUGCCUCAAAAGAUCCUGACCUCAGUGCACUGAUUAAGAACACAAAGGGAAUUCUGUUCUACAGUGUUCCCCAUCAUGGCACAUUCAUGGCAGAGUAUUCUGUAAAUGUCCGAUACCUUCUGUUUCCUUCCAUAGAAGUGAGGGAACUAUGUAGAGACUCACCAGCGUUGCGAGACUUACAUGAAAAUUUUCUCAACAUUGCAAAAGAACGAGAGUUCAAAGUCCUUAGCUUUGCAGAAACACUGCCUACUUCCAUUGGUGCAAUGCUUAAUAUAUUGGUUGUUCCAUCUGAAUCGGCUGAGCUGGGAGUUGGGGACCUCAUCCAGGUGAAUGUAGAUCACCUCAACAUCUGCAAACCAGAAAAAAAGGACUCCUUUCUUUAUAAACGUAGUUUCCAAUUUAUUCAGGAUGCUCUUGGGGGGCCAAGAAUUCAGUGAACUUUUAAGUCAAUGAUUUACAAUCUUAAAGUGAUCGAUUGCGAUAAUUAUU